AUGUCGGCUGAUAAUUCGUCUCCUACCGUAAUGUCUGGAUGUGACGCGAUGACUGGAGUCUGCAAUGCCUCGACGAAUUAUGCAACUCCAAAUAGGUUGUUACCAGUCUGUAAAGAAAACGUGUGGAAGAUAAACGAACAGAUGAAAAUACUGGAGAUAACUGGAGAUUUGGAACUGUGUCCGUGUUUGAGGACGAGCGAUUUCCGAAAGAUGACUAAAAUGAUGUGCCACGAGUAUUUUGUGGACGAUUUCGAAGUAGAAAUGACCGAACCGGUUGAUUCCAUGGACCUCCUUGUCAUAGGCGCACAUAGGGGGGUGCUUGGAUUUUCUUCAACAGUAUCUUUUGUGAUAGGAAAGUGA